CUGACUUAGCUCACAGUUUCAUCUACCGACUAACACUGUGCUUCUACUAGAAGUCUGGUUGUACAUCAGCAUGAACAGGCGUAACUUGAAGAACGUGUUGGUGGUGUCCAUCGGGUUCCUCUCCCUGUUCACGGCAUAUGGCGGCCUUCAGAGUCUGCAGAGUAGCCUGAAUGCAGAGGAGGGGAUGGGUGUGGCCUCGCUGAGCGUCAUCUAUGCCUCCAUCAUCAUCUCCUCCAUGUUCCUACCCCCCCUUAUGAUCAAGAACCUGGGUUGCAAAUGGACCAUUGUGGUCAGCAUGGCCUGCUAUGUGUCCUACUCUUUUGGAAACCUCUAUCCUGGAUGGUAUACACUCAUCCCCACGUCUGCAAUCCUGGGUUUGGGGGGUUCCCCCCUGUGGUCGGCUAAGUGCACUUACCUGACCAUCUCUGGCAACCUGCAGGCUUCCAUUGAUGGCAAGAAGGGUUCAGACGUUAUCAACUCAUACUUUGGCAUCUUCUUCUUCAUCUUCCAGUCGUCUGCGGUCUGGGGCAACCUCAUGUCUUCCCUUAUCUUUGGACAGGAUUCCAAUAAAACUUCCAUCUCAGAGGAGAUGUUGCAGUACUGCGGAGCAAACGUGUGUGAUGUAACCCUCUCCAACACCACCACCCCCAAACCAGAACAGGAGCUUGUCCAUAUACUGGUGGGAUGCUACAUUGGAGUUGGGAUACUGGCUAUGAUCAUAGUGGGGGUGUUCCUGGACAACAUUGACCAGGAACAGACCAGACAGUUCAGAGGAAACAGGGAGCCCUUCUGCCAGACUUUCCUUUCCACGUUCAGCCUGCUCAAAGACCGGAGGUUGUUAAUGUUGAUCCCACUCACCAUGUACAGUGGCUUCGAGCAGAGCUUCCUCUCCGGGGAGUACACUAAGAACUAUGUAACUUGUGCCUUGGGAAUACAUUAUGUUGGCUAUGCAAUGAUCUGCUUUGGAGCUACAAAUUCAGUCUGUUCCUUUGCCUUUGGAAAGCUGGCAGAGUACACAGGCAGAGCUCCACUUUUCUUCUUGGCGGCCCUGACAAACCUCUCCUGUAUCCUGGCUCUCUUGUUCUGGAAACCAGAUCCUGGCCAGCUGCCUCUGUUCUUCGUGUUCCCAGGUCUUUGGGGCAUGGCAGACGCCAUUUGGCAAACCCAAACAAACGCCCUCUACGGAGUCCUUUUUCCAAGGGCCAAGGAGGCAGCGUUCGCCAACUACCGCAUGUGGGAGUCUCUGGGCUUUGUCAUUGCCUUUGCCUACAGCACCUUCAUCUGUCUAGAGCCAAAACUGUACAUCCUGCUCUCUGUCCUGCUGCUCACGGCUCUCACCUAUCCCAUUGUGGAGUAUGUAGAAAAGAAGAACCCCACCCCGCCCAUUGAAGAGGGUAUCUACUCAAACAACAAGGAAGCCAAAGAAGGUGGCUCAACAUUUAUAAUUGCUGAGUUGAGUCUUUAA